AUGCAAACAGAUGUGAUGAUCGUAGAUGAUACACAAGAAGAAAAUGUGAGCGAAGAAAAGGAUUGGAGAACUGAAAUACACUCUUAUCUAGAGAAGGGAGAAUUGCCGAGGAAAAGAUUAGAAGAACAUAAAUUAAAGACCCGUGCGACAAAUUAUGAAUUAAGGGAUGAAGUUCUUUAUAGGAGGUCAUUUCUUGGACCUUCACUUAGAUGUCUUACGCGAACGGAGGGGAUUGAAAUUUUAAAGGCAUUACACUAUGGCGAUGCUGGCAACCAUAGUGGAGGAAGAUCACUUGUAUAUAGAGCAAAAAUACAGGCUAUUACUGAAGUGAAGGCGGUUCAACACAUUCGAGAUAAGGACAUAUUUAAAUUCAUUUUUGAAAAUAUCAUAUGCAGAUCUGGUAUUCCUGCACAAUUGGUGUCCGAUAAUGGGAAGCAGUUUGAAGGCGAGAACAUAACAAUGCUACUCAAUGCGUUCAAAAUUCAAAGUGGCAAAUCUACUCCUUUGUAUCCUCAAAGUAACGGACAAGUAGAAGCUACGAACAAAAAAAUCACAGACAACCUGAAGAAAAAAUUAGAAGGGCACAAUAAAGGAUGGUGCGAACAAGUGCAUAAUAUAGCAUAG